CAGUUUAUGAACAUGUGGGUGAUCGGCAACACAAAGCGAUACAAGCGCAAAGCUAAAGUACGCACACGCACAGCCACCAUCCCACACGUCGCGUCACAUGUGCACUCCACCGACGGUGCGUCUGCGGUCAGUCGCCGUGUGAAACACGACACACAGGCGAGCAGCGUUAACGACAACGAGCCAGUUUGCGACACGAAUGGGCACGGUGGAGACCGGGGAAAGGGGCACGGAAUUAACGACAAGGGGAAGGUUUACGACUCGCAGGUGCAUGGCAUAUUCGAAACCCAGCAGGCAGUAUCACCUGGUAUGACCAAGGCCGUUUCACUGAAGAAGGAGUUGCUGCACAUCCAGAGCGAACGCGUACUUUCACCUGGAGCGGAUGUCAUGAGGAGACGGCAGCCUAUAAAUAGCAGCCAAUCAGAUCACCUCAGCGCCUCGGGUGCGCACAGACCCAACUCCAAUCCUUCACUCUCACCGAAUCUCCUUAUGAGAUCUACCCAAUCUGAUAGUGCAGAAUUCAACCAAUCAGACGCCUUCAGAUCUCUCGGACAGGCGAAUGGCGUAAAUGGCAUGCACCUAUCAAAUGGCCCCAUUUCAGACAGCUGCAACGAUCCCAACCAAUCAGAUGGCGCCAAUGACCUUACCAUCUCCACUGGCGUCAAUGGAUUACACCAAUCAGAUCGCCCCAUAUCUUCGCACCAAACGAACGGUCACAAGGAGCCCCGAGACGUUCACAAACUAUCGACUCAGUCACCGAAUGGAUGCGAUAGAGCAGAUGAGAGUUGCCUAGCAACCAUCUCAUGCGCAGCAGCGUCCGCGGAAGAGCGCCGGAGUGUCACACUGAUAGCGAAUGGGACUGUAGCACAUCUCGAAGAAAC